CGCACCGCGUAGAUGACGAAAAGAAAACAGGAAAAGCGGAACCUAACCUCAAACGCGGAUGAAAUAAAUCAGUCGCCGUUGCAGCUUGAAUUUCAAUCGUUUUAAUAUAUUGUCUGAAAGUGUCGUUGAAAUGGAGCUCGACAGUGUGAAUAAGGAGAUUUUAGUAGACCUCGAGGAGAAAUACGUCAAGGUUCGAAAGCUGCUGGACGAGCAUAGUAAAUUGGACCCGGAGAGUGAGCCGUACAAAAGUAAAUAUGCGGCAGCCGAUAUACUCAAGGAAAUGCAGAUCAAACUUGUCAGAAUAUUAGAUGAGAAUAUAACAGAACAUGAUAGAAAUAUAGUAACAGCAAUGCUUGCUGUUAUCUGGCUCAAUAUGGGGAUAAUUUCGGUCGACACGGAGGAAUUGGCAGCCGGUGAGGAGCAGCUGACCAACUGCGUGGACCUUUUGGUUGACCGAGAACUGAGACCAGAGGCAAUAUUAGUAAUACUUAGCGCUCUGAAUCAGCUGGGAAUUCUUUGGGCCCAGCGAGACAAUCCGAAAGAAUCCCAGAAAUAUUUAGAAAAAGCUGAAAAAAUAUACAAGGAUUUUACUGCGAUUGAAAAAAGCGAUAGCGCCAAACCUGUAUUUAUGGCCGCAUUGUUCAAUCUGAAAGAUGACGACGAUGACACAGAUGCUGAGGAAAUAGUCGAACGAUUGCACACGCUGACUCUCUACUACUUGGCGCAAAUCUAUGGAACCUUAAAGGAUCACCUUAAGUCUGCAGUCUACUGCCACAUGACUCUGAAACGUCAGUUGAAUCAUGAAGAUCUGGAUUGUGUAGACUGGGCCCUGAAUGCUGCAACUUUGUCGCAAUACUUUAUGGAAAAGGGAGGGUUUAGGCAGGCCAAACAUCACUUGGCCGCAGCUUCAUAUAUCCUGCAAAAGUACGAGGACGAGUUGAGAAGUUUGGACGAUACGGAGGAAGUGGUGGCGGCGAAAUGGGAAACGUUCAGACACAGAAGCGCAGACGUCGCGAGAUGCUGGGCAAAAUAUGGGAUCCUGCUGUUAAGCACAUCUAAAGAAAGGCUGAUGCAUCAUGCCGAUGAUGAAACGAGCGAAAUGUGCUCGGAGAUAAGUAAGAUGCAGUUAGAUGAAAAGUCAGGGGUCACUGAAGAAUGUAUAGAAAAUUUAAGAUUCACAAAGAUAGAGAAGGAAAUUGAAACUAUUGCAAAUCAACUGACAGACAAAUAUGCUUUGGACUUCAACGAUGCCAGGACAAUAUUUCUCAACUCCCAACAAUGGCUGGAUGAAGCAAAAAAGUAUUACACACUGGAGAGUCAUGCCUCGGAUCACGUGCAAGUAAUACAAGAUGUUUCCCAGCUCUUUAAAUUCCUGUCAUUUUUUGAAGAGGAUGAGGAUCGUCAGUCCAAAAUGCACAAGCGGCGGAUCGACGCCUUAGAAAAGAUUGUUACAGAGUUAAAUCCACAGUAUUACCAAACUGUGUGCAGGCAACUAUGGAUUGAACUGGGCGAAGUUUACUGCGAUAUUUUAGAUAUUAAGCUUGAACGUCUACAAGCGUCAAACGAACGACCGACUGCUCAGGCACUAACUAAAAUCAAUAACCUUGCCCGGAGUGCGAUUGGAAACUUUCAGAAUUUCUUAGAUUCUCUGGUGGAUCCAGCCACUCAUAAUUUUCCAGACAAAUUUUCCGAAGAUUUAGUUAGACCUGCCUUAUUUGCUUACUUUUUUUUGGGAAGACUGCAUUAUAAAAUCAUAACACCUGACAAACAUGCACAGCUAGAAAAUCUUCGAAAUAGUUUGAAUGCUUACAAAGCACUGAUUGGCUACUGCGAAAAAGAUGAAAAGGCUGCAGAAUUGAUGAGCGUGGAAUUGAGUGUAUGCAAAGACUUUGUUAAUCUUUUGCCAUUGAAAAUAGAAAAAUUAACUAGAGAAUUGGUAUAAAUGUGAUGUUUUUGAGGCAAUAAAGAUUCAUAUUCGUUUCUUGAUUAAUACAGCUUUUUUUGUAAAACAUUAUUUUAAUAAGUUUGUAUUAUAAGUUAUUGCAACUAUGUGUUUUUUUUAAGUAAUACUGAUAUUACUCUCGUUAUCUAAAAACUCAUUAAUCAUUCACGUCUUCAUCUGACUGUGUAAAUCUGAACUACAUAGGUAUGGUCAGGAAAGUUGGUUCUUACAUUUCUGAAACUGAAUUGAAAAUGUCAUGCUUUGUGCACUUACAUCUUACAGUUUGAGCAUAUGGUGCUAGUAUUGAAUUAAUUAAUGGUUUCAUUACUUUUAUGCUAUUUUAAUACAGUACUCUCUAUACAACAUGAAAAAGUGCAAUAAAAUCGUAUCAUUCCGAAAAUUAAUUUUUCCUUCUACAUUAAUCAAGCAACUUUCUCCAAAGCAUAUUG